AUGGUGACUGACCCUAUGGCGAUAGACCCAUCAACUAGUUCAGCGGCGAGCAGGUAUGAUCAGGUUGCUGAGCAAGAUGAGUCACCUAUGGAAGAGGUGAUUCACAUUCACGGUACGGAAGAAAAUCAGCACAUGCAGUUGGUCGGUAAUGGAUCCACUUCUGAAGAAGACGACUUUGAUCACGGUCUGGUUCGUGUGUGGGAUGAAGAUAGCGAUGACGAUGAACAUGACGCAUCACGAAGCACGAAUCAUUCUGUGAUUCCAAGUUUCCAUUUAGGUGGUCGUCUUCAUAGUUCGCAUCGGCCUGAAUUCCCCUCCAUACAGAACUGGUGGCGAACGCUCUUGAUCGGUUCUGCUGCUCCCGGUACACUGUCCACAGGCCAUGUCGCGAUCAAUUUGUUUUCAUCGGGUCUUCAUCCUGGUGUCCUUCUGGCCAUGCCAGUAUAUUUUUGCAAGUCUGAGGUCGUGCCUGGCAUGAUUGUCCUGACACUCGUGGCAUUACUCGGUAUUUUUGGUGGGGGUCUUUGGGUAGCGCUCGGGCGCUAUGUUGGUGGCCAUACAAUUGAAUCCAUCACAAGCAAAGCAUUUGGCAUGAAUACGCGAUGGAAGCGAAAUAUCGGUCAUGGUAUUAGUAGCGUUGCGCUGGUGAUGUAUUGCACAGGCGCGGCUGUCAUCGCUUAUCACGCCAUGACAGACUUGCUACUCCAAGUCUUCUUCCACUACACGGCCAAAGGUCAGCUCCUACAUGACCGUGCUUUUGUCACGCUUGCCAUUGGCGGUGCACUGACGCUCCCGCUCCUUCUCUCUUCUACACCCAAACGCAACAUGUUUCAAAUUCAGUCGUGGGCUGUGCUUCUGUCGUACCCUGCCAUCAUUGGCAUUCUCUUAGCGCGGAUCAAUGACUGGAAUCUGCCAGGGCUCCAAAAAACAUCUCUGAGUGAUCGUUUCUCUGGCGAUCCCACUCUUCUUGUGCCCCAGCCACACCUGAGCGACUAUUCGUGGCCUUGGGCUAGCACUGCGAUGCUCCCUUUGCUAACACUAAGUGCUUCCCCCGCGCAGAUCCUAGCACACAAUCGCAGCUUGAAGCGCAAGAAUGCGUAUGAAUCGAACGUGCUUUCGUUUCUAUUUGCUCAAUUUAUUCAGAUUGCCCUCAUCAUCGGGACUACCUACGUUGUCGGCGUCGAAAUUGGCACACUCGGUUCAUCCAAGUUCCUUGGCGGAUUGCAUGCGAAUUUUUUUAAUGCGCUCCCACUUGAUGACGAUUACGUGAAUACGGCUAGAGUUUUGUUCGCGAUUCUUCUUGCUGCGCAUUUGACUGUGUGCUUAGCAUCCGCACGCUCGUGCUGGAGUCGUCUCUUGAACUUGCUGAAUCUCAAUCCUCUAGGCGCCAUGACUCCACCGACGCCUCAAAUUGUGUCUCGUCGCAUGCCGCAACGACAUCGGAGCUCGUCUUUGUUCUUUAGCCCUGCAUGGUUGCCUUCCAAUUGGUAUAGCCCAUCAGUCCCGUCAUCUGAAGCGACGUACGCUUGA